AUAUUAUUACUUAAAAAAAAUUAAUAUAAAAAAAUUAUUACAAAAUGUUACGAGUAAUGGAGAGAAAUAUUUUUAUUUAUUCUCAGGUGAAAAAAUAUGUUCCAAGAACAUUUUGUACAAGUAGAAUAUCAUUGUCAGAAGAAAAAUAUGUAGAUGUCAAAGAAGAAAAUGGAGUGCGGACAUUAAUAUUGAAUCAUCCUCCUUCUCGUAAUUCUUUAUCUUUAAAAAUGUUAAAAUCUUUAUGGAAGAACAUCGUACACGAUGAAAAUAAUAACAAUCUUCGGACGAUAGUUAUUAAAUCUGGAUUGGAAAAAAUAUUUUCUGCUGGACAUAAUAUAAAAGAACUGACUAAUAACAAUGAGAAGCUUCACAAGGAAAUCUUUGAAACGUGUUCAAAAUUGAUGCAAGCAAUUACUCAAAGUCCUGUUCCAAUAAUUGCUGCUGUAGACGGUGUUGCAACUGCAGCUGGUUGUCAAUUAGUUACAUCAUGUGACAUUGCUAUUUGUACAGAAAGAAGUUCAUUUUCUACACCAGGAGCCAAUCUUGGAAUAUUUUGUUCUACGCCAGGUAUUCCCUUGAUUCGGAACGUGUCCAAAAAAGUAGCAAUGUACAUGCUCUUCACAGGUUUUAGCAUCAAUGGUAAAGAAGCGUAUGAAACAGGUCUUGUAAGCAAAGUUGUGCCCCAUGAUAAAAUUGAAGAAGAAAUUGAAAAAAUUACUACAGCUAUAAAUAUGAAGAGUCGAUCGAUUGUACAUGUUGGAAAAACGUUUUUAUACAAACAAUUGGAUCUUGAUACGUCGACCGCAUAUUUUCUAGGAACCGAAAAUAUGAUUAAUAAUUUAAAAAUGAAAGACGCUCAAGAAGGAAUCAAAAGUUUUAUCGAGAAAAGAAAACCUGUUUGGAGGCAUGAUUAUGAGAAAUAUUAAUAUAUGUAUAUCGGUAUGGAAUAUGUAAUAUAAAUUUU